CUCUCAAACUUUAUUACUCCUUUACCACCAACAGCUGAGAACCGCAUUUAGCGAGCAGAACGAGGAGGCUAAGCUAGCCAAGCUAGCGGUCCUCGGGGUCCUGUCGCUAUGGCUCGGCUCGUCAAGCGGAAAGCGGCUGUUAGCGCAGAAAACGCUGAGAAGAAGACCAGGCGGAAUGCCCCUGCGGCUGAGCCCCGAACCUCGGAAAUUGUCAUCGGCGAACGCCUUGCGUCGUCGGUCUCAGCCAUCGUUGCGGGCGCUCCAGUUACCCCAGCCUCGCUGGCUGAACAGCUGAUGGUAGCUGCAAAACGCGUGCCAAAGCCUGCUGAGCAAACCCCGCCCCGCGAGAUCGAGAACGCUGCUCGGCUGAUCACGAACGCUCUGCGGUCUCUCUGUGGGCCUGGGUCAGCGGUGGAGGUUGACGAGUCGGGCUCGGAAGAGGAGGAUCGGGCGGUGGCGUCGGGAGAGGAGGAUCGGGCGGUGGUGCCGAUGAGCGGUGGUGGUGGGGAUGUGGAGGUGGAGGUGGUGGUGAGCAUGGACGUGCUCGGAACGGUGCCGGUGAGCGGCAACCCGGUGGCAACUCCCGACACGUCGUCGGGCCCGGUCUCCAGCGCCUCCGCGCCCGCCCCCACAAACGUGCGCCUGGCAGUGCCCUGCUCGCAAACUGGCCAGCCUUCGUGCGCCACCCCGUCCUCGCCCACGCCCGUCUCACCGGAUGGCGACGUCGACGGCAGCGACAACACAUCAUCCUGGCUCUCGGACAUUCUGGAGGGCUGCGACGAGGGCCCCAACACCUCCACCUCGGGCAUGUGCGGCCCCCAGCCGGUCAUCUUCGGCGGCAGCACUGACGGCGUGGAGGCCUCCAGCGACGACAGCAAGGGCUGCUCCGCCCGCAACGAGCAGCAGCCUCAGCUGCGCGCCACACCGGACGCAGCUGCGCUAGAUGUGUCCACUGGCGCUGCUUUGUCGCCUUCGUCUCUCGAGCUGACGGUGCAGCUCCACCCGGCGGCCGCAACCGCUCCUGCCAACGGUGGCGGCGCCUUCGCCUUCCCACAGGAUGCCGCCAAGACCGACAGCUCGCCCUUCGGCUUUGCCCUUCGGCUUCCCUCCCCUUCCUCAACCCUGCCCAAGAUUCGUGCCUGCGGCGCACGCUCAGAGCUCGGCACCACCACAGGCGCCGCCGCUGCCGCCAGCCCCACUGCCACCGCCGCCCCCUCUGCCAACGCCGCCAUCAGCACUGGCAGCGGCGGUGGCGGCGGUGGCUGCGGCACCAGUGGCGACGGCGCCACCGUCGCCCUGGCGGCGGCACAGCUGCAGCCUGACGACUCCCUCACCUUCACCACCACCAGCGGCGGGAACGAGGCGGAUAGUGCCUGCAGCCCCCAGCGCGACGACAGCUGCCGCCUCUACAGCGGUGGCGCCUGCGGCGGCGGUGGCGGCGGCGGCGGCAGCGGUGGUGCGCAGGCUGCCGCCGCCGCCAGCUCCUUCCACAACGCCGCCACUGGCGGCGACGUGGGCGGGGAGGAGAUGAGCAGCCCAAGCCGCUGCGAGGAGGGCGUGGCGGCGCCGCGCUCACAGUCGCCCGCACCGCAGCUGCCUGCAGCCACACUGGCGGAGGCCGCACAGGCGGAGGCGGCACUGGCGGAGGCCGCCACGCACACGUCCGUGCCGGAGCAGCCGGUGGAGGGGGUGGAGACGCAGCGGGCGUCGCGCAAGCGCAAGGCCGACGCACAGCCGGCUUCGGACGGUCCUGAGGCGUGCCCGCCCGACAAGCAGCAGUGCGUGCCUGAGCCGGAGGUGGCGCUGCCGCCGCUGGGUGCUGCGGACUGGCCUGUGGACUGGUCUGUGGACUGGUCCAAGCCUGCCGGGCUUCCCAGCGACAUGCCCGCUGAGUUCGUGUUCGUAAGCGAGCACUGCCUCAUGGUCAAGUCCCUCCACGACUUCAUUGUGGCGCCUUGAGCAGCAGCGCGGGCGUGUGGAGGAGGAGCGGCAGUUGGGGCAGCUGAGAGCGCUGCUGGUCGCCGCCAUGCCAAGCCGGGGCGGGCGGCGGGAGUGUGGCUCGCAGCUGCCUGGGGAGUUAAGCGCGCCCGCGCCGCCGGCAGUGGCCGGCGCGGGCGGCGAGCCUGCGACAUGCCGCCGCCGAGAUAGGUGGCGGCAUAGCGUUGGUUACGGAGUUUAGCAAGGGAGCCACGAAAGUCCUGCUAAGCCAACAAAAGCGAGUGUCACUGUCUGGGCAUUCUUGUGCACGGCCGUUGGCGACGCCUCAUGCGAUGGGUUGUCCUGUAGUCAGUGCUCGUAUCUUGUAGAUGCCCUCAGGCACCCGGCAUCUACACAUGCGUAGAUGACCCUGACCGCGGCGUCUACACUUAAGCCCCCAAGCCCCCUAAAACGUCUACGCUUCCCCCAUUUUUGCGCCAAAACCGGCCAAAACCGUCUACACUGCGUAGAUGCGUGGCACCCAAACCCAAAAUUUUUUCUCCGCCUUCGGCGGAUUUUGGGCACAUUUCUACAGUGUAGAUGGAAGAUACGAGCACUGCCUGUAGUCUUUACGCUGGGUGAUCUGGCCUGGCAAGGUACAAGUUGCAACACCACACGCCGCUUGGAGAGAUUUUGCGGCAUCGAGCCACUCAGGCUGUCUUUCCGAACUCGGGACACGGCCGUGGGUGGGCUUGUGUUUCGAGCGCAUGCAGGCGCGGUAGCCAGCCUUGCUGGGUGUGGGGGGCGGGCCCAGCCGUGGCCCGGCCUUUGCGGGUUGGUUUCAAAGAUCGGGCUUCUUGGGUAUUUGAUGGUUGCACCGCACAGUUACGGUGCCUCGGCGGCUUGCGUCGCUGCCGCCGUAUAGGCUUCAAAACCCAAAAUCGAAAAAAUUGAUGUGUGCGUGUAUGUUCGUGCGCGUUCUGAGGUCUACGCGCCUUUAGGACUCCAGGUUGCGGACUCCAUGGGAGGUGUGAGCCAGUGUGAAUACUCCUUAAUGAUGAACUGCUGAACUGAUGCAUUCUUUCGUGCGUGCCAUUGCAUGCCAGCUGCAACGGUACGGUAACAAAAAGCCAAAAAGAGUGGGUGUGAGCAACUCUAGUGUGUGUGUACGCGGGUUGGUAGGGCUGCAGUCUCGCGACCUGGCGUUGCUGUGCCAAUGGAGCUAGGAGGUGUUGCGGAGAUGGCUGCCUUGCAAGAAAGGGAUUAGAGCAGAAACAAAUUGCAUAUGGUAGUGUUACUUCACGGUGCACGGUUGGCGUUCCCGGGCACAGCUGCGCGGGUUGGUCGCCAGGCUGGUGGGGUUGCAAGCAGUGGAUUAGCGGCAGGGUGGACAGCCCAAGCGUGGCUGCAGAACUGAGAAAACUCGAAAGACAAAAAUAUGAUAAAUUGGAGUUUAGGUGCGUGCCGUCACAAGCCGGUUGGUUACAAGGAGGUUGCAUGUCCAGAGAGCUACGAUGGAAGGCUGUGACUAACCUGCUGGGCGCUGGGAGCCACGCCCAUCGGAUAGCGUUGGUGUUGUGGUUGUCAGUUAGGAUUAAGUGCAGAUACGAAAUGCGUAUGUUACUCUCACUUCACGGUGCGUGUUGGCAUUGCCGGGCACGGCCGCGCGGGUGGGUCGUCGGCCAGGCUGGUGGCCGGCGGAACGGCGUUGCAAGCAGGGGGUUAGCGGCAGGGUUGACACGCGGUGUACAUGCACAACCCAAGCGUGGCUGCAUGACUGACAAAAUACAAAAGAAACAAGUUGGCGUUGAGGUCCGUGCCGGCAAGCCGGUUGGUUUCAAGAGAGCUCAAUGGAAGGUUUUGCUGACAGGGAUUCACAUGAUGAGGUUGACACCUGCAAAACACAAGGUGUGCUUCGUCAGGGUUGCAUGCGGCUGGAGAGCUGAAGCGCAGGCUGUACAGGACUGUCGCGUCGC